AUGUUGAUCAGACGCGUGUUCGGUGAUCUCAGCUGGUCGAGGGCGACGGUGCCGGUUUGUUUUAACAGUUGUUAGUCGCCACAUGCUUCACAAAUCAGCACAAUGUCCAUGGACAUCACGUUCCUCGGGACCGGCUCCGCAUACCCGUCUCCCAAUCGCGGCGCGUCUGCGCUUGUGUUGAGGACUGAAGGGGAAAGUUGGCUGUUUGACUGUGGAGAGGGAACACAGACGCAGUUCAUGAGGAGUUCACUGAAAGCGAGCAAAAUCACCAAAGUCUUCAUAUCUCACCUCCACGGUGAUCAUCUCUUCGGUCUUCCUGGUUUGCUGUGCACCAUCAGCUUGAACUUAAACCCCCAUCCGGAUCAGCCUCCUCCCUGCGUGGACAUCUACGGCCCGUGCGGGUUAAGACGUUUCCUGCGAGUGGCGUUAGAGCUGUCCAGCUCCCAGCUGCUGUUCUCAUAUGCAGUGCAUGAGUUAGAGCCUUCAGAUGAGCAGAGUCCCGUGGAGGGACGUCUCAGUCCUGCAAUGACCGUGAGCGGCGAUACGCUUCACCCACAGGAGCGGGCGGGCACAACUGUACCGCUGGACCCGCACACAGACUGUUACAACCUCAUUGAUGACAAACAGUUUGUGGUUAAAGCGUUCAAGCUGUAUCAUAGAGUCCCAUCGUUCGGGUUCUCGGUGGAGGAACGAGAACGUCCAGGACGGUUAAACACAGACAUGCUGAAAGAACUGGGUGUGAAACCAGGACCUCUCUACGGGCGUCUGAAGAAUGGCGAGUCUGUGACUCUAGAUAGUGGACGCGUAUUGACUGCUGAUGAGGUGCUAGAGCCGCCGCUGAAGGGUCGUAAGGUCUGUGUGUUCGGAGACUGCAGCUCGCCGCUGGGGGACGGCUUUAAACAGGCGUGUCAGGGAGCCGAUGUGCUGGUUCAUGAGGCCACGCUGGAGGACGGGCAGCAGGAGAAGGCCGUUGAACAUGGGCAUAGUACUCCCAGCAUGGCUGCUGCAGCGGCGCUCGCCUGCGGUGCGCAAACGCUGGUCCUUCACCACUUCAGUCAGCGAUACAAACCCGAAACGUUGCGGCGAGACGGCGACGAUGACGUGACAGAGCUUAAGAGACAAGCUGAGCUUGUGCUGCAGGGGUCGAGAACGGAGGUCAUCCUCGCUGAAGACUUUCUCACGCUGCCUAUUGCGCUCAAGAAGAAUUUGACACAGUAGUACUUGUAAGACUUAUGUAUGGAUAUAUUUUUAAUUAUUUUAAUGAAAGGAAAUGUUUUAAUAAAGUCUGUUGUUUUUUACCAUUUUGUAGAGUGUUGUUUAUUCAGAGCUGAAUUCUUGAGUAAAUUCGUGAAGUUAAAGUGUGAGAAAUGUGUUUGGACAUCCAUGAACAGGUGAGACUUUAAUUUGUUUAUUUAUUCUUGAUCAUUUUAUUUUCAUAAACGGGCUGCUGGACCAGUGAACUGAGGUUGGUAAGUCUUUAUGCAUCUUGUUUGGACUGAUCUACAGUUGAGGUCGAAGGUUUACAUACACAAAU